AUGGAAGACAUUGAAGAUACAGAUUUAGUAGCUUUGGAACAUGAUCGUUUAAUAAGUGCUGUGUCGAAGUUAGACAAAACGCAACACAUAACAGAGCCAACACGAAAUGAACCUACAAAUCUUAAUUCAGAGUUUAAUUUAAUUAAAAGAACAAAUAAACUGAAUAUUGACAACGUUGCUAAAGUAUUAGAGGACACUGCACACCAUGUACAGAUAAGUAAAAAACUUAAAAAAACACAAAGUGGGGCUAAGGUUUUGAGUAAACCACUGGAGAAGCCCCAAGCUGAGCGUAUAAAACGAGCGACGGGCUAUGAAGAGACGAAGAAGAAAGUAGGAAGAUGGGACCCAGUCGUAGCAAGAAGUCGCACUGUAGAUUAUGUAACUUUCCCAAUAAAACAUGUAUCUGCAAAGCUUGAACCCACAUCUGACUUUUUGACUAAGUUUAAAUUAAAAUCUGAACUUGAAAAGGAAUUAGAAGAAGUAGACCCCCAGCCGAUGGUUGAGGAUGAGGAGGAAGAAGAGCCAAUCUUCCCCAAGAGUUAUGAAGAAAUGGUGGAAUAUAGACAACAUCUGGCCAAAAUGAGAGCACAGCAAUCAUAUAAAGCUGCUAAGGCUAAAAGGCAAAGUAAAAUUAAGAGUAAAAAGUUCCACAGAGUUCUCAAGAAAGAAAAAUUAAAACAAGAACUAAAAGAAUUUGAGGAACUACAGAAGAGGGACCCGGAGGAAGCUUUAAAAAAACUGGAAGGUAUUGAGAAAGCUAGAGCUUUAGAGAGACAUACUUUGAGGCACAAGAGUACAGGCAAAUGGGCUAAGAACAAGUUGAUCCGAGCCAAGUAUGAUAAAGAGGUAAGACAACAAUUGGCAGACCAGCUAUCUGUUGGCAGAAGCCUUACAAAGAAAGUGCAAGAUAAUCAGAGUUCAGAUGAUGAAGGUGAUGAUGAACCAACUCCUAAUUUUACUUUGUCACAAGACCCCUUCAAUCCUUGGAUGGUACAAAGAUCGGACAAAUCUAAUAUUAAUGCCGAAUUUAACUUUGGUUAUAAAAAAUUUGUACAAAACAAAUUGAACAAACAUAAGGAAUCUGAUGACAGUGAUAGUGACGAAAAUGAUGUAAGUGAGAAAGAUAUUUCAAAUGAAAAGCCAUUGAAGAAUGAAAAGUCCACAAGUCCUGAACCAAAGGAAGAAAAGUCAACAGUAACUAAAGCAAAUAAAGAAAAGACAGCGGCUCCUAAAACAAAGAAAGGAAAGAGGCAGCUGCCUGCUGCUAAAUUGAAAGCGAAAAAGCCCCUUGCCACUUCAAAUUGGGAUGUAGAAACUGUUGAUGACACUGAUAAUAAACCUAAAGAUAAUUUGGAAUAUCUUAAGCUCAAAAAGCAAAAAACGAAAGCAGUAAUUGAUGAAGAAUUAAUGGAAAGUUCAUCUAAAACAGCUGAAGGAAUGGCAAAUGAAGAAAAAGAUGAAACCAUUUCUGAAUUAGUAAAAGCUGCCCAAACUCCAGUCCAAGAAUCUGCUGAUUCUAAUAUUGAUCCUAAUAGAUUCAUUGAAGUUAAGCCUAAAUAUUUGAAUACUGCUAUUUCACAAGUUGAAAAUGAAUAUGACCAGUUGGAUGAUGAUCAAGUAGUACCUAGAGUAAACAUAGAAGAGGUAUUUGAAGAAGAUGAUGUUGUGGCAAGUUUCAGGCAAGAGAAAGAAGAUGAAAUAAACAAAGAUAAGCCCGAGGAUAUUAAUCUUACAUUACCUGGUUGGGGAGCUUGGGGUGGAAAAGGUGUAAAGCCACAAAAACGUAAAAAGAAUCGGUUUAUUCUCAAAGCCCCACCUAAAAUGCCACGUCGAGAUGAAAACAAGGGGGACAUUAUAAUCAAGGAGUUUAAGGACCCUAAGCUUGCAGUACAUAAAGUCAAAGAUGUACCUUUCCCAUUCGAAAGUGUUAAGGACUAUGAGGCAUCAAUAAGAGCACCUCUGGGAAAUACAUUUAUACCUGAAAAGGCACAUAAGAAGCUGAUUCGUCCUAGUAUCAUUACUAAAGCAGGCAAGAUCAUUGAACCCAUGGAUGAAGAAGAAUUAUUGGUGCCUAAAAAUCGUAAUUUUAAGAACCAAAGUGUUAUUAAGCUGUUAGGAAGAAAGAAAUAA